AUGGUCUUGUACAAGAAGAAGCAGGUGACAAUCCAGAGACCGCGGCCACUCCCCGAGGAUCUCUCAUCGGAAAUAUUUGUCAUUCCUCAAACCAAAGAGUGGUUUUUCGAAUAUGAGGAGUACCUAGCUCGUAUGGACUUCUACAAAAGACACCAGUUCUCCUGCGAAAUAACAGGCGCCUCUGGUCUCACAUACUUCGAUGCAUAUGCAGUGGAACAAAAAGAGUAUAAAGAGUGCGACGCCAACUUCCCAGAAUCUCUACGCGAGCAUAUCUUGAAGUUUCUUCUGUUUAACAAGGUGACUAGAUUGGACUUGCUUGUUGACAAGAUAUACCUGCUAUUCAAGAACGAGUAUUUUCCUGGCGAAGAAAUUUAUGUCAAGAAAAUAUUCACAACCACCUCCGACACCAGAAAGGGCAUCCCUGCCACGACCCAAUCAGACGACCCUAAUGUACAUUCAUACAUCUCCACAGUCAAGCAACGCGGUAUCAUCCGUGAGAAAGUGCAAUACAGCAAUCCUUCAGAUACAAAGUAUCUCGUGUCGAUUCUCGGCGAGGGCUCGCAGGUGAUUGCAACUAAUCAACAAAUCUCCAGAGACCGUAAUCAUUUCACGAAAUGGCUCAUAAAGGUGUUCAUUAAAAUGACCGUUACGAGAUCCUACAUGUCUGGAUCUCCAUGGGUCGUCAAGAUUAAGUAUGCUAAAAAGUAUCGAAUCCCUCGCGAAUUCCCAGAGGAGUUCAAGCAAUACGAGGCGUCUACCCCAACCGGCAGUGUCAUUUAUGAUGACGACUACGAAAUUUUAGGAAUGAACUCACCGUCUGACGCGCCCGCCAAAAAGGUACGAGGUAAGUACAAACCCAGAGGUUCGAAUGGAACGACGGCUAACGGACAAGCACUGGUCGACAGUUCACGAAUGGAAGGUGUUUUCUCUGUCAAAUCAAAUCCAAGACAUGAACUACGAAUUAAGUUCCCACCCCAUCAUCUACCUGCAACGAUCCAAAGGGAGAUCAUGGAAAACAAUCUAGUGACGGUAUCAUCAUUCCAGCCUUCGAAAAAAACACUUGUCGAGGAUCUAUCACUUCAAUUUGACCUUCAAACUCUUCGCCCAGCUCCAUCUCUACUACUCUUGCCACAAAAUGCUCUCGUGCUCCAUUCAUACAUUGCAGAAGAGCUCGAAGAGCAACUUAGUUCUAUUGACGGGGAAAAUAUCAAGUCGGAGGAUGACAAAUUCGACGCACAAGAAUCAAGUCUUUUACGCAAAGAAAUUCAGCUGCUCAAAAGUGGGACAUUGAACUCCAUUCAAGAGGCUCUCGAAUGUUGGAUGUUUUUAAACAUUUACCACUCCGUACUCAAACUUGAUACAUUUACUUUCGAUGACUUUUUAUAUGCCAUGAGCUGGAAUGUUGAUCAAUUCAACGAAUCUGGCCGUUGUGAGUUAUUGGACGAAAUUUGGUGCGCUGUUCUCGGUGCAAUCAUAAGCAACCAAACGCCCCCCGCCAAGUUCUCAGAAGACAGUGAAAAUAUUUUCGGUUUGCAAAUAAUUUUGCCAAUCAACACAAAGAAACUCGACAGUGAUGCGAUAAAAGACGAGGAAGACGAUGUAGCCGACAAGGGCUCUGGGAGUGAUUCAGAGCAAAAACCUUCAAAGUUGGACGAUGACAACUCGGAUGAUGACUCGAGCUCUGAAGCCUCUAAGUCUCGUAACUCUCUGCCGAAGCGAACUGUGAAAAAAGAAGGAGAUGAUGUAGACGACGUUGACGCCGAUGAUGAAGAAGAUGAUGAAGAGGACGUUGAAAUGAAAGAUGAAGAGGAAAACGCUGCUGCUCAGGAGAAUCUUAUACAUAAUGCUUACCAGGUUAUGAACCAUCGUGGUACAACUUGGUACGAAAGGCUCCGGAAACGCAACUUCAAAGAUGGAAAUUGGCAAACAAUUGUACUCGGCGUUUUGUCACUUGUUGAGUAUGUUCCGGAGUACUUCGACACGAUCCAAAAAGCAUUCAAAGCGUUUGCUCCUAAAGAUGGGAUGCCGGCAUCUCCAAGUACAGUGUUGAACAAAUUUUACCACUAUACUUCUGUUGACUUGCGCAUCAAGAUCCUUACAAUACUCGUUUCGCUUGUUGUUUCAGGCCCGUUAGUAAGAAAUUACAUCGAAGAGUGCUUAGACUCUACCACAGCCUACAGGCGCGAGAAGUUGGACAUCUACAAGGAAUUGAAGCUUGCCGUAGACAACGCAAACAAGCUCCACUCAGAAAUUUACGAGAAAUUGAUGGUUGGAGCCAAUAGUGCAUCAGAUGCGAGCUUGUGGUCUCAAUUCACGAGAAAAAGGCAUAGGCUCAACCUUAGUGGGUACGAAAUGACUGAUUACGAGAAGGAUCUCGCCUCAAAAGAUUCAACCUUUCAAGAAAGUUGGGACAACAGAGAAAGCGCCAUCGUGAAAAUCAAGGAAAUCAAGCAAGAGAAGAAACGAGUCGAAACACAACUCUCUGAACUAGACUGCCAGCGUGUUAGUUUGCUCGGAAAAGAUCGUCACUUCAAUAGGUAUUGGUGGUUCGAAAAUAAUGGGUUGCCAAAUCUUCACUCUUCUGGAGGUCAAGACGAUGAUGACGAACAAGAACCAGAAAGUGAAGAUGAGUUUGAAGACAAAGAAGAUAAUCAAGAGGAAACUUACCUCAUGGGCCGUCUUUGGAUUCAAGGACCAUACUCAAUGGAUGCUUCAACACAUAUGAAGCUUGACAUUGAGGCGUGCAAUGAAAUUGCAAAAUCCUUCGACGAAGAACUCGAGACGAUACAGAAACAAAAUCAGGAUCUUGAUGUUGACGUAACGAGCAAGCCGGAGCAGGAGGUUCUCGAGCUUGAUGAUGGCGGGCCACCAUUGAGAGUUAUGAAUUUCCGAAACGUACCAGACUGUACAAGAAAAGGAGCUGAACAACUUGGAAUAACAUUCUCUGAGGACAAGAUCUUGUUGAAUCAUGAUGAAUUGAUCGAUAGGCUCGGUGCUGUAUCAACGGACUCCAAUGUGCUGGAAAUGAGCCUUUUACCUAGAAAGUUCAUAGAGGAAUCUCCCAUUCCCUUGGUAUCCAGCCAUCAAUGGAUGUACUUUGACCGUGUCGAAGAUCUCGACGGAUUGUUGAAAUGGCUCAAUCCUUGGGGAAAGAGGGAAUCUAUCUUGCGAAAGGAAUUGCUAAGGGUGAAAGAAGGAGUUUGCGGCAGCAUUUCCUCGAGACGCAAAGCACUCUGCUUGGACAAAGCACCUAAAGAUGAUCUUGACAUCGAAAGUCAAAUCGAGGCAGUAGAGGCGAAGGUGAAAGAAUAUGAAUCAGGCGAAGUUGCUGUGAAGGUUGAUGCUAGCGACAGUGAUGACGGAAUUGCCACCAGAAAAAGAGGACGUCGUGGUGGUGAUGUUGCAAACAAAAAGCAAAAAACCACUGAAGAAACACUUAAAAGUGGCUCCAUACACGAGCUAAUGAAGCUACGCGACGAAUUAAAAGAGAAUCAAAAAAUCAUGAAAAGCCAGUAUCAAGAGAACAGGGUCUUAGAAUGGACAAACAGCUCUGCCAGAGAGGAAUUCAACAAGUCAUUGUACGAGGGUGGUGAUAAAUCAAAAGAGAAGCAGAAGAAAAGCAAAAAGUAA